AGUCGAUGGCCGUCCCGCGCUUCGUCCCGAUGCUGCCCCAGCCCCCAGAGCUUGCCGCUGUUGUCCGCCGCAUGGCGAGCCACAACUUCGGUACCUGCGAGGUGCCAUGGAUCAUGGACUCCCGAAACGGCAGCAUCUUCACCAGACAUCGUGAAAGAAGAGAACUAGCAUGUGGAGUGUACCGCCUGCUUUGCCCUGAGAGAGGCAUUGACGACGUCCCACCACUCCCAAGCACCCAGGAUCGCAGUUGCCAAAAUUUUGGUGCUAUUCUCUCCAAAGAAGAAGGCAAUGGCUUGUCCUACUUUUAUGUGUUGACGGAGGGUACCGAUGAAACAGAAAAAUUCACUAUGCGUGUGUAUAUGUUGCAAGGUAGUGUUUGGUGCUUGCAUACCUUGGCCACAUACCGGCUCCAUCUUCCGCUACCGAGAGCAAUAGUUGUGCUCGUCGACAAUAAAAUUUAUAUGGUGGCCUCCCCCGCCGGUGACAUUAUUGUCUUGGAUUUGACGGCCUCAAGUUUGUCUAGAAUCCAGCUCCCACCUGGAGUGAAGUAUCACAGUUUCAACACCGUCUUGUCACGGGCAGACGAUCCUUCUGGUAUAUAUCUCAUCCAUGUCAAUGGCUUUAAACUUCACAUCUGGCUCCAUACGGGGGACAACUGGUUGCUGGUCGAUACCAUUUGUUUGCAUGAGAUGUGUGCUAAUCUGAGGAUGCUAGAUAGCACGCUUGAGGAUGAGCAUACUAGCCGUUGCUAUAUAUGUCAGGCAGGGGAUAAUGCUGAGUUUCUGUUCUUAAAAAUGUGUGGAUGUGUGCUCUAUCUGGACGUCAAGAACAGGACACUCCGUAAAGUGCAUGCGAUGGCACAAAAGGAUCUACAUUUCACUGCUGUCUACCCUUUUAUGAUGGUUUGGCCUCCCACAUUCCCUGCGCUUAAGGAUGGUCCUGCAAGGAAUGUCAUGUAAAGGAGGAGGAUAUCAGGAUGCUUUUGGAUGAUCAGCGACAAGGGCAUCAUCAGGGCAGCGCAGGGAGCUGCAUGUCCUUAGUAGCUGUUGUAAGUUGUAGGAUCCACUGUCCAGACAUGGCUAAUUUUGGAAUGCUUUCUCCAUUGUAAUCAUAAUAUAUUUCCCCUUCUCCGCUGUUAGCUGAAGAAGAUGCCAGAGGAACAUCUUAAGAAUACAAUUCACUGAAUGUCCUGCCUUUUCAGAGAACAGAGUGUUCCUUGUCCCAUUUGCGCGAGUAAUCCACUGUCUGGAGAACCAGAUAUGCUUAUAAGAUGGAUAUGCUUAACUGCAAGUGAGAGGAUUGUGACAAUUUAUUCAGAUUCUGAAACCCCAAACCGCUGAUGGCUUGGUCCGGCAGAUCUGAAGUUCUUCUGAACUGAUAAAGGGAACCUUUUUUCUUUUCAUUUUCUGUUCUCUACAGGAACUGCACACUCAUGCUCUUGGCUGAAUUUGAAAUGCUUUCUCCACUGCAGUCAGUACAUAUGUUGGUGUCAGGCUGGUCAACAGUUUUCUGCUUCUCUGCUGGUAGCUGAGGAUUAAUUGUUUCUUCAUAAGAACACAGUUCUCAGUGAAACCAGAGCGAUCAUCGCCGCGUUUGCGCAAGAAAUCCACUAUUUUCACAUGGUGGACUGGACAGCCUAAUUGCAGUUGGAUGGUUGACUUAACUGAUAGCAAGUGUCGCACAAUUUGCCGGUCCCUGCUGGCCUGGUUCCGCAGAUCUCAACCUCUGAACUGAUCAAGGGAAGCUCUUGUUUUCAUUUUCUUCUAGGAACAAGUGCCAUCUUUCUUCUAUUUCUUCAUUUUCUUCAUGUUCUUUGAGUUUCAAUUUAUCAAGGAGCUAUCUCGGGAAUGAAUAAACGAAGGGAAUAAGUUAGCAAGGAAGGAAAUAAGAGGAUGACAUGCAUAGAAAGAAAUGAAGGAAAUAAGAUGCCGAGUGAGAGAAAUAAGGAAAGAAAAGGAAUUGAGUUCUUGUGACAGAAAGUAAGAAAGGAAAGCGGUCCAAAUUAAGGAAGUAGCAGCUCUAAAAUGGGAUGAUGGGUUGUGCAUAAUGCGUGGGAUGGAUGUAGGAAUUGCUUAUGAGCUCCAACUCACUGAUUAAGCAUGGUGUGCGCGGUCAGAAAAUCACUAUUUUUUCUGCGACUGCGGCUGAAUAUCAGUUUUGUUUCAGUACGGUUACAAACACCCCUGACAAUAGCUGGAUUGGUGUUUCAGUUUUGUUUCACUUUUGGACAUCCAUGUGAGCAUCUUGAUUCUGCUUUCGCUUGUCAGCUUGCAACGCCUGGUUUGGUGUUUGCGUGAUUAUUCAAGUUGCGGCCAUGUGUUACAUUAGGAUCAAAUAGCUAACAGAAAGUUAAAUAAUCAGAGGUGGACUCUGAUAUGAAUGUUUAAGCUCUCACUGUAUAUGUGAUAAUAUCAUACUGUAUUCAGUAUGAUGCCCUUGACUCAUAUUCGUAUUUUUAAUUUCAUGGCUAGAAAUGAAGU